AUGUCCGUCUUUUUCAAGGACAUAUCGGCAGAGAAUCCUGUCAAAAAGGGAGAUGUCGAGGAUCUCCUUGAACCGCUUGGUUUGACGAUUAAGCCGGAAGAGUCCGCCGACUAUCAAAGGCUUCUGGCCGCGGUGCACGAUUGCGCGACCCGCAUCAGCAGCCUUCCCGACUACCAACCGAUACCUGAUACUAAGAAGUACCCUCGCGAAAACGUUCAUCUGCCUGCAGAGGAAGAGCAGGAAUUCGGUCAUGCGUGGGCUUACAGGUUUCGCAUUCGUGGUGAUAAGUCCUCUAAAGAUCCCUCGUCUGGUUCCCUCAAGGGAAAGACAGCCUGCUUGAAGGACUGCAUUGCGGUUUCUGGCGUUCCGCAGUUCUUUGGCAGUGAUGCUUUCCCCCCCUGGGUGCCUUCAACAGAUGCGACGGUGGUGACACGGAUACUAGAUGCUGGGGCAGACAUUCUGGGCACCUCUACCUGCGAACACUUCUGCAAUUCCACGGCGUCUUUCACCAGUGCCCAAGGUGUAAUCGAUAACCCCUACAAAGAAGGAUAUUCGACAGGCGGCAGCACAUCAGGCGGUGCAGCUUUGGUUGGUUCCGGGAAGAUUGAUAUUGCACUCGGUACGGACCAAGGCGGGAGCAUCAGAGUUCCAUCGUCCUUUUGCGGAUGUGUCGGGGUUAAGCCAACACACGGAUUGGUUCCCUUCACGGGCAUCACAAGCGGUGAUCCUAUUGACGACCAUGCCGGACCCAUAUGUCGAUCAGUCAUUGAGGCUGCCCAGUGUCUUGAUGUUAUUUCAGGCUACGACGAUAUUGAUGAUAAGUCCCUUGGAGCCGCAUCUCAUGGUUCUUAUAACUUCACUGAAGGCCUCCAGUCAAGUUCUGGUCGGCUCGAUGGACUGAAAAUUGGUCUUCUGAAGGAGGGAUUUCACCAAGAAAUUGUUGAUCCCCGAGUCAGAGAUCAUGUCCUAGAAGCAUCGCGGAAACUGGAAGGGCUCGGGGCUAGCAUAGAGGAAGUUUCAAUUCCUAUUCAUCUAGAGGGUCCCUCAAUCUGGACGCUUCAGCAACGCAUCGCAGGGUCUUCUGGGAUCCUGGGUCGAGCUUCUGGCCAUAGGGGUUUGGGUCUGACUGAGUUUGAAAAGGCAAGACUUCCAUGGACUGACCCAAGCUUCCAGAAGCUCUUCCCGUCAACCAAAAACACUAUAAUCAAUGGCCUUUAUCUUUCCGAUAAGUUCCCCGGCCUAUAUAGCAAAACCAUCAACAUCGGUCGCCAAAUAAGAGACGCCUACCAAAAAGCUUUUGAAAAAUACGAUGUCAUCAUCAUGCCAACGACACCCUUUGUGGCACCACGACACGGCUCUCGAGAGUCAGUUUUAGGCUCUUUUGAGCCCACGAUCGGCCUGACGUCGAACACUGCCGUCUUCAAUGUAACCGGUCAUCCAGCCAUGUCCAUACCGGUUGGCUUCCUUCACGCAGCAGAUGAUGCGCAGGUAAUGCUUCCAGUUGGAAUGCAGAUUGUAGGAGGGCUAUGGCAGGAACAAAAGGUGUUGGCCGUUGGGCAUGCCUGGGAGAGGAACUUUGACUGGCGCAACAUCAAGGGUGGCGAAGGGAAAUUCCAACACACUAAUGGCUCUUUAUCAAAAGAAAAGAAUCUCGAUGUGGGUGGUAGAACGAUGACUGAAAUUAAUGGCAACAGUUCGCCAACUCUGAAGCGGGUGAAGCUAUCUGCUUGA